CAGCCUCUCCCGCAACUUAAACCUAAUCGCUCUCUCCUUCUUCAACCUUUAACCGGUCUCUUUCUGCAACACAACACUCACUAGGGCUUCCUGGUAGUUCAUCUCCACCGCCUGCUUCUUCUUAACAGGAACAAUGGCGGAAGCUGAUGCAAAACCAUUGACAUAUAUACCGGAGACGAUAUUGAAGAAAAGGAAAAGGAAUGAUGAGUUAGCGAUUAUGAGGAGGAAGCAAUUAGAGUUGGGGAAAUAUGGGAUGAAGAAAAGCAAGAAGCAAGUAGACGUUGGCGAUAUUAAAAGGCCAGAGCAGCUGGUAAAAGAGUUCAGGGACAAGGAAUUGGACCUGAUCCGAAUGAAACAGAGGGCAAAGAGACCGAAAUCUGCUUUACCAAAACCAAGUUUGAAGUUGCUCUUUAUCAUACGUAUACAGGGCAAAAAUGAGAUGCAUCCAAAAACAAGGAAGAUCCUUUACAACCUUAGGUUAAGGAAGAUUUUCACUGGUGUAUUUGUGAAGGCAACGGAAGGUGUACUAGAAAUGCUGCGAAAGGUGGAGCCAUACGUCACAUAUGGAUAUCCUAAUCUUAAGAGUGUGAGGGAUCUCAUUUACAAGAGGGGUUAUGCAAGAAUAGACAAGAAACCUGUCCCUCUAACAGACAAUAGCGUUAUCGAACAGGCACUGGGAAAAUAUGGCAUUAUUUGCGUAGAAGACAUUGUACAUCAAGUUAUUGAUGUUGGUCCACACUUUAAGGAGGUUAUUAGUUUCAUGGGACCCCUUAUGCUUAGCAAGCCAGCAGGAGAUUCACCAGGGAAUAAAAAACCAUACAAGGAAGGAGGAGAUGCAGGAAAUCGUGAAGAUAAAAUCAACGAUUUAAUCAGCAAGAUGAAUUAACUUUAAGAUUGUUGAAAAUUUUGAAGUGUAGAAUUUUAAUCUUCCUCCCUCUAUUUACCUCAGUGCAAUGAUCCGAUUUUGCAAAUCAGGACUGCAGAAUUGACGUUACUAUUAAUAUUGAUGUAUUAAUUUUACUGUUUUGUUAGAUAUACUUAUGGUCUGGAGAGAAGAUGUUAUAUUCUGCAUGUGAAACUCCAUAAUCAAAUGUCUGAGAAAAU